AUGGGCUUCACACUUUGGAUCAUGGGUUUCCUUCUGCAGAUGGUCGACCAGAAGGCCGACGAGCUGAAUGUGCCACGCUCGCAGCGAGACUGGGGCUGGAUCGGCUACAUGGCCUUCGGAACCCCCGGGCGGCUCUUGUUCGCCGGGUGCAUGUUCUUCGACCUCGCAGGAGGUGUUUUGGUCUUAAUGAGCAUUGUGAUCGAACAGCUUCCCUUCCUCUUGCCCAUCAACCACAAGGUGACUGCUGUGUUGAGCUGCAUCGUAGCCAUUCUCUUCUGCUUGCUCCCAAAGAAGGCCUUCUCCUGGAUGGCCGUCGUUGGGAUGGCUUCCCAAGUCUUCCUGGUCAUGGGCUUGGUGAUCACUGGCCUACAACUCCAUUCUGCUGGCGAAGUGGCUGAAGACCAGGUGGCGCUGAACAUCUCGGGCUUACCGCAGGGCUUUGGCAUCGCACUGCUGUGCUUCCUCGCGCACAGCGAGGCUCCACUGAUCUACCAGCUGUUCCUCGUCAAGGCGCUCCAAGCAGGGCUUCGACCGAAGGUGGAUAGUCCCGGGUUCUUGCCUCCCGCUGCGGUUGAAGGCCGCUUUGAGGCCAAUUGCCAGUGCAACUGCCUUUGUGGAGUGCAGCAGGACUUUGGGAUUGUGGCAGGACUCGGUUGCUUGGCCGGUGCCGGGAGUGACUUGUCAUGCAGUGGAGGUGAUGGACCGUCCAAAUUCAAAGUGAAAGGGAAAGAUUUUAGAUACUGGUCUAGAAUAGGUGGUGGUUCUUACAGGUUUGCAAAGCCCAUCAAUGAUGACCAGCUCCUUCGUACCUACAUCAAGCAGGCUUUUCGCGAGGGUUCAAAGGAAGCCAGUUUUGAUCCUGAUUGGAGACCGGACCACGUCGUGGACACCAAGGGCGUCGUCCAGGACACGGAUGUUUUCUUGGGUCCCUUGGUGCUGCACCGACUGACUGACAAAGGGCCCGCGAAUCGCAGAGCCAUGGGUGCUGGGGUGGUGGCCGGGGGAGAUACCUCCGUGGAUGAUGAUCGGGUGACCAGACCUAUCGUUGAAGCUGACCCGUCUCAAGUUUGGCUGAUCACCGAAAAUAUUGAUCAGUACAAGAUUGGGGACUAUGCCCGAGUCGAUCCCAGUCGUGACUUGAUGCUUGGAGGCCACACAGGACUCAUUCGGGUCGCCUCGGGCUGGGCAAAGGCAGAACUGAUUUUGACCACGGAUGCCGCAGAGUUCGUUCGUGCUCGUCGGGGUGAUGCCGGCUCCCCGUCUCCUUCACCCCAUCAGGCAACCGAGAUUCACGAGAACGAAGAGGGAUCCAGUGACGCUCGAACUUUGAUGGUUGACUACGACCACCAGGGCGCCAGAUUCAAAGAGUGGCGAGUGGUGGUUGCCGACAGCAAAGACUACCACUAUGAGGACUGGCCCUGCGAGGGCCCAUCGACGGUGCUUCAUCUUCUGAAGCACAUGAUGAAGUUUGGUGGUGACCCUAAGCAAUGGUUGGAACUGUGGGCACGUCAGAAAUCGAUUUCAGAUCAAGACCGGGUGAAGCAUGAGCUCAGGUGCCUCAUGGACGUGCUCUAUCUUGGGGGCACCUUUGACCAGCUCAACAUGCCGGUCCUGGCGAGCUUUGAGACUGUUGCCAGGAGAGUCCAAUGCAUAGUCGACGCCUAUGCCGCCGGUGGAUCUGGUGCUCCGGAUUGGGGCAACGCAAAGCUGUUCACUGGAUACACUGGGCCCGAGGACCUAGUGAUGCCCCAGCUCAAGACAUGGGCUGCAAGGGAAAGGGCUGGAACCUCCGGCGGCGAGCUCAUGAACCGGAUGGGGUCCAGCGGGGUGAGCCUGACCGCUGGAUUGAACUAUGAUGAUGAUAGGCUCAUGGGUCCGAUGGGGCAUACCUCUGCAAGUGGGCUCUUUCCUUUGCCUCGGCCAGAUGCUCUGCCGAAGCUGAAGGGCUAUGGUCGCCGCUCCCAACACCGAGCUGCGCGAAGAGUCCGAAUUCGUGAUGAUUUGAGGGAGGCAAUUGCCUCCUUGAAUUGGAUGCAUGUGGGUGACUUCGAUGCUCCACCUUCGGCCGCUCAUCCUCUCCAACGAGAAGUUUUGUGCCGCCUAGAAGCUUUGGUGGAACGGGCGGAUGAUCUGGGUGACCAUGGUCAUUUGCCGUCACUGGAGGCAGCCUAUGGUGAGCUGCUCCGAGGCAGAGAUGGUUAUGCCGAGCCAUCGACGCCGGCCUCGUUAGCGCCCUACAACCUCGAGCUCGUGUCCCUUCCAACUGACCUUUGUGACGCUCCUCGUGCUGAGGAACUGUUGGAGGAGGCCGACCGUCGAUACCUGCAGGGGCAAGAGCGUAUGUUACGGGAAAUCCCCAAGGAAGACAGUGAAGUCAUCAAGCCGUAUUGGGAUCCUGCCCUCCGACAUAACCCAGGUAGAUAUCGCAAGUUUAUUCAGCGUUUGAAUGACAUCAAGUACCUUGAUUUCACUUUGUCCCCUUCACAGCAUGCUGGAGUGUUUUUUGUUUGGAAAAGUGAUGGGAAACGUAUUCGCAUGAUCGUAGAUGCAAGACCAGCCAACGCAGAGUUUGAAGAGCCACCCGGCAUCUCUUUGCCAACCGCUGAGACCUUUGCAAAGAUUGAGAUGGAGACACACAUGCAUGAUGGUGAUGACCCGGAACUAGGCAUCUAUGCAGGUCUCUCAGAUGUCCGUGAUUGUUUUCAUCGCAUCAAGCAGCCUAGAUGGCUGUCGAAGUACUUUUGCUUCCUUCCAAUCGAGGCCAAGCAUGUUGGGCUCACCGGAACUGUGCUGGAGGGCCACACUCUCAGCUCGAAUGACUUGGUGUUCCCGAUGCCGGGAUCACUGUGUAUGGGGUUCAGUUGGUCAUUGUUCUUUGCUCAACGCAUCAACGAGGUGGUCAUGAGAAGAGUGAGCAGUUUAUCAUCUUCUACUCUAAUCCACGAUCGAGGUGGGCCAGCGGUUUUUAGUGACCACCUCCCUGAUGAAUUAAAGCACUUUGUCUAUGUGGACAACCUCGGGGUGAUGUCAACCGACCGCCAGGCCGUCAGUGGAGCAUUGGAUGAUCUGGUUGGCAAGUUCACCCAGGAGAAAUUGCUUCUCCAUCCAGGCGAGAUACAGCAUGAGUGCAUCAAAGCGCUUGGUGUGCAACUGGAUGGGCAGAACCUCUUCUCCUCACUUGGCCCCGACAGGUAUCACCGCGUUCGUCAAGGGCUACGUUGUCUUCUAAGACGAGGUCGAUGCAGUGGUCGGGUCCUUGAGAUACUCAUCGGUCAUUGCACUUAUUGUGGUUUGAUGAAUAGGGCUUUGCUUUCAGUUUUCCACAACGUUUACAAGUUCAUCCAUUCCCACCAUGAUCACCCAGCAACUCUUUGGAAUAGCGUCAGGGCGGAGCUACGGGCAUUCUGCGGCCUUAUGCCGCUGAUUGCUUCUGACUGGUGCCGGCCUUGGAAUGAGUUGGUGCCAGUGUCCGACGCCAGUGAAGAGGGCUUUGGGGUUUGCGCAGCUGUCUGGACAUCUUCUCAGGCAGCAGCAGUUGGCAGGGUUUCUGAACGAGACCGAUUCAAGCGUGCCGGGAGCCACAGUGCCAGAGAGACGGCGCUGACUUCAGCGGGGUUUGUCAAAGACGAGGUGUCGGGCAAGUGGGCCGAAGGUAUCCUCGAUGAUGAGGAGUACCUCAAGCUCAGUGGCUGGGACCUCAGAACUGACUUUCCAGAAGUCCCCGCUCACAAGCUCAGAGAUGGAAGUUGGCAAACCGUUCGGCAAGGCAGGUGGAAGAAGCACGAGCACAUCGUGCACUUGGAAGCCCGGGCCUUGGUGAAAUCUUUUGAGUACUUGGUUGAAGACACCCAUUCAAAGGACUGCAGACAACUCUUUUUAGUGGAUUCAAUGAGUGCGGCAUUGGCAUUCGAUAGAUGCAGAAGUCGCAACUUCAAGAUGCUGAGACAGAUCCGAAAGUUUUACCUCACGCGCUGCACCAUGCCGACCUCAAGAAAACGGGUGCUGCAACCGCCAGAGGGGUUUCAAAGCCAAAAGAGAAGAUGUGCAGUGCUGGAGAAAGGAAGCGCCAUGCCAGUCAUGAAGAAAGCCAGGACCUCCUCCCUCCAGCGGACAGACCCAACAGUUUCUUUGCUGAAGAAGCCGUCCUUCUUGCCACCCAGCCUAGAGUCUUUGGUCAAAGGCAUGGACAAGCUCCCGCAACCGCGGAAGCAGAUGGAGCCCGAUCUCGAGAGUGCCGCCAGUUCCUCGAGUUCAGAACCUGCCAGGGAUGUCAGAACCAAGGCACUGGCGAAGCGAAGUCGAGGCAGGCUUCGGAAGUAUGUGCAAGAGGCCAUGGAGGCAAAGUCCAUGGGUCUCAGCUUGUUAGAAAAGAAAGCUAUUGGGGACCGGAGCGCCAAGUACUACCAAGAGGAGUACAAGCAGUUGCUCAUUUUUGCCAAGACGCGGAAGCUGAUGAUGACUCUCCCACGCGAACUGGAUGCAACCCUUGUGGAGUACUUCAACGACCUUUUCAUGAGGGGUCACCCAGCGCAUCGGGGGGACAAAAUCAUCGCCACCGUGAUGCACCACCAGUCCGAGUACAGCAAGCUGGGAUCCAGUCGGCUGCCGCGAGCCUGGCGAUGUCUCAAAGGCUGGAGGCGUUUAGCGCCAGGAACCUCGAGGAAAGCCUAUCCCCUAGGCGUGUGGUGUGCCAUCGCCUUGGAAUUGAAGAGGCUGGGACAUCUUCAGAUGGCAGUCUUUACGCUGGUGGGCCUCUCUUCCUACAGCCGUCCUUCAGAACUGCUGAGAUGCAGGGCCUUCAGCCUGGUGAAGCCGUCGCCAGGGAUUACAGAGUUUUGGAGUCUUUUGCUGAAUCCAGAAGAAAGGAUGGACCGGUCGAAAGUCGGCGAGUUCGACGACAGCAUUGCCCUCGACUCUCCUUGGAUGAGGCCUUGGGCAGCAACCCUGCUGAAGCCGCUCGCCAGCCAGGGCGCCGACCUCCCCUUGUGGAACUUCAACUACUCCCACUACUUCAAGGUUUUCUCCCAGGUGACAGAGACUUUGGGGCUAGACAUGACACCAUAUCAGAUGAGGAUGUGGAUCGCCUUCGACAUUUGUGUAAAGGUCGUGGCCUCUGAAGUCUUCCUGUUGGCCUUCGGCAUCCUGGGCUAUGGUUUCUUUGGCGGCAGCGUCGCGCAGUCCAUCGCAGACAACAUCGGCCGAGAGACUUGGUCAAGAGACCCCAGGGAUCCAGACACUGAGCUCCAGCUCCUGCCCAACGCCUUGAGCGCGUUCUUGGCAGCUGCCACGAUCCUAGGUUUAUCCUCCAAGCAGCUGGUGACGCUGCCGCUGUUGCUGGACGCGACCACAGACCUCUUUGGCGAAAAGCUGCAGAAGAAGGGGCAAUUUGCCAUGAAGGCU